AGCACAUCCAACAGACUCCCGAGUGCGUCACGUGAGCAGGGGGAAGAACACUCCGUUAAAAUAUGUGAGCGUUCCAAAACGAGCACAUUUUGUUUUAGGGGGAAUAAGCUACACAUGUUGCUUAAGUGGGAAAUCAGUAGCUAUAGGCAAAGGAUGUACAGGCACUGUCCGUCUUUUAUUUAGCAAGUUUCAGCACUUUAAAAGUUCUUCUUGGAUACUCUGGACGCGCAGAUUUAAUAUAGAAACCAGAUGUUCGGUUUGGCAGUUGCAUUCGGUAAUUAAAGUACUUGGUGACGCUCUCCUAUUCUGGAUGUAUGUGAUGCAGAGCUUCAUGGAAAAAGUGACUAUGAUAUCAAAGAGCCUGAUGAAUGAACCAAAAAAGAAGAGACUUUAGAUGGCUGGACUUGGGGAUGGUUACUCUCAAGACCCCUGGAGUUGCAGCAGUGCAGUGAAUACAAAUCGUCCCAGAAGGGACCAGUUAGGAGCCAUUCCAGACUUCAGCUAAUGGAGAACCAGCAUGCAGCACACUCACCGACGCAGCCUGACUUCACUUAGUGGAGGCCAAAGAGAAGCCCCAUAUAGGAAAGUAAUUCAUGCUUGAAGAAAGGGGGCUUUUUUCCACUAGCGAGGGAGUUUGUACGCGGGCCACGAUGAGAAGGAUUCACCUAAAGGGAGACGUGGUUUGUACCCUCGUGAUGUUGGCACUGUUCUGUCUCUUGUUGUAUGCCCACCACAGUCUCAUACCCUUAUGGGAGAGCUGGCAGUUGGAGCAGGGCACACCAAGCUCGCGCUCUCUUCUGGGGGCUCCGUUGGAUCACCAAGGCACAGGGCUGGCCCUGACCAAACCUCCAGACUUACCACGGUGCAAGCCAGAGCCGCAGACCAGCUCCGUGUCCAUGAAGAUGGUGCCGAAAGCCAAGGCUCAGUCCAAAAAUAAGCUUCAGCCCAAAACCAAAAAAAAAUCCCAGCCCAAAGGUGGGUUGAGAAAACCUGUGCCAACUGUGCCCAAGACUGCGGUGGGGCCGACCCUUGCCCCCUUCGACUUCGAGGAUUACCUCCGCAAGAAGGACAACCGGGAUUUCAGGAUGGCUAUUGAUCAGCCAGACAAAUGCAGAGGCCCAGACGGAGCUCCUUAUCUACUCAUAGCUGUGAAAUCGGUGGCGGCGGACUUUGACAAGAGGCAGGUGGUGCGUCGCACCUGGGGCCAAGAGGGCGUCCUCCAGGAAGGGGUCAACAUCAAGACGGUCUUCCUGCUGGGAGUGCCCAGGAAUCGCUCCUCGCUUCCGCUGUGGGACAGGCUCCUGGCGUACGAGAGCGACACCUUCAGGGACAUCCUCCUCUGGGACUUUGAGGACACGUUCUUCAACCUCACCCUCAAGGAGACCCACUUCCUGCAGUGGGUGAACCAAAGCUGCGCUGGGGUCAAGUUCAUCUUCAAGGGUGACGCCGACGUCUACGUGAACGUGGAGAACAUCCUGGAGAUGCUGGGCGGCCUAGACGCCCACAAGGACCUCUUCGUGGGCGACAUUAUCGUCCGCGCACGACCCAUACGCCGGCGCAGCAGCAAGUACUACGUGCCUGAGUUUGUGUACGGCCAGGGCGUGUACCCGUCGUACGCCGGCGGCGGGGGCUUCGUCAUGUCGGGCCACACGGCGCUCCAGCUGAACCGCGCGUGCCAGGAUGUGGAGGUCUUCCCCAUCGACGACGUCUUCCUGGGCAUGUGCCUGCAGCGGAUUGGCCUGCAGCCCACACGACACGAGGGCUUCCGCACGUUCGGCAUCGUGCGCUCCUCGGCCGCGCCCCACCUGCAGGUGUUCGAUCCCUGCUUCUACCGCGAGCUGAUGGUGGUGCACAGCCUGACGGUGCCGCAAAUCUGGCUCAUGUACAACCUGCUCCACGACCCCCACCUCUCCUGUCACACCAGCCGCACAUCCACCUCGUGGCCCUUCAAGUGGAGAGAUAAGAUCCCCAGCACAGCUAAGGGCCCAGAUGACCCAGGGGAGGAGGACUAUGGACAAAAAGUAUUUGUGAAACAUUGAGUUUGUAGAAACGUGGGCCACGCACAUCCCAGGCCCAAGUUGGAUGGUCCAAUAUGAGAAUUUCAUAAGAGGAUAAGAGAGGAUCUGCACACCAGAAGUCUGAGGAAGAGCCGCAGGCUCAAAACAUCACAUAAUAAUAAUAAAAAAAUGGUAUCUGGCGUGCAGAUCAUCUUAUCCGCUUGUGAACACUGAGUUUGUGACUAUACUGUGAAUGUGUCUAUAUGAUAAAAGUGGUUUAAUGCCUAAUAUGGAUCAUUAUAUUGGUUUUACUCCAAUAUAUUCAAUCUUUUGUUCAUCAUGUACGCAUGUAUGUAUGUCUGUCAUGUGCUGGCUUUUGCACAUACCUUCUUGUGAGGUGUUGGGGGCAAGGCUCAUUGAAUUCAACAUUUUUGUGAACUCGUGCCCUCGAGUAAAAUCAAGGGUUUGAAGGUUUGCUCUGCCCAUUUUCAGCAUCAGAUGGCGACAGGGAUUUCCUCAAGAGAGUCUGGAAAUGUUUUUAACUUUUCAGAGGAAUGGACACCUGGAGUGUAAGGCACUGAAAGAGCUUUAAAGACUCCAUGAUAUGAGUGUUGGGAUUCACAAAAACCCUGUGAACCUAGUUUACUUUGUUUACACAAAUUCAGACUUGGAAACACUUGAAGGUACUUUUGCCUUAAAAUAAUGACUGUUUUCUUUGCAAUCUUUGUGCUAUCAGAUGAAGUUUGUUAUGUCAAGUCAAACAGCUAUGAGCGCCAUGUUGUCCCUGGCAGACUUGUGGAUCAGAGGCAGUGACCUAAUGACAGAAUGUAAAGAACCUCAAAAGUGCCCAACAUUCCAGAUGCAUGAAACCUGCUGUUAGAAUGAUGACCUUUGAAAAUGUAUCAGUAUUACCUCUGAAUAGUCUGCUGUAUGUAAAUUCUAUUGACAAUAGAAAUGUUAAAUUCAGAAUUGAAAACACUGAAAAGGUUCCUGGAGAGUCACAUGCAUGUACAACUUGUUCUUUUGAAAAGAACAUGAAAGAAAACAUACAA